UAUUUCAUUAAUCAAGCUACUAAUGGACCAUGAAGCGUGUAGUUGCCACUCAAUCUUAAAACCGAAGCCCUGAUCUUGGGCAUUGUAUUUAGACAUGAAACUUGUACUGGUUUUUCCAAAUAUUCCAAAACAAAAUAUUAUCCUUCAUCAUUUAAUCUAUCCAUAAAAAAGUAACAGAGAUAAUUCAUUGUGUUGGAUCAUGAGGCAAACUAAUGUAAUAACUCAUUUAUCCGUUAAUACUAUUAUUUUAUAAACUUGCUUCAUCAUUCACAUGUUUUACUAAAUUUUCUGAAAAAUUGUUAGAAUAAUUGGUCCAAUUCAACUUACAACACUAGUGAGCAAAAACGGUUGAGAAGUUUGAGGUUAUCCAUUCCUAUUUUUUGCAUCCGAUUUCAAAUGCUGACCUUACAUACGAAACUCUAUCUCUUUUAGAAACCAAAUUCUUACUGAUCUCUCAAUCAUUCACAGAGUAAUUCACUAAAACAAAAAAGAAAAAAAAACAAAACCAAAUUACACAUUCACCACUUGGACCUUAAAACCAUGGCUGAUGAAGCUCAGGAGAAGGCUGAACAUGAUCGCAUUUUCAAGCGCUUCGACUUGAACGGAGACGGCAGGAUCUCUGCCGCAGAGCUAGGUGACUGCUUGAAGACCCUUGGUUCAGUCACCCCGGAUGAGAUCCAGCGUAUGAUGGCAGAGAUUGAUACUGAUGGUGAUGGAUACAUAUCAUAUGAAGAAUUCACAGAUUUUGCCAUGGCCAACCGUGGCCUAAUGAAGGAUGUGGCCAAGAUAUUCUAAUGUCACUAUUAACCCAUCAACUUCUUUCCUCUAUAUUCAAUGUCUUGUGUUCUCACUAGGAAGUUGUGAUUCAUUCCUGGAUUCUGAUAGGAACACAGGACUCCCACAUUGCUUUUCAUUUUGACAAUGUUGUUCUGGUAGUUAAACUGUAACUACUCGUCUUGUCUUGUCUUCUAAAUUUUUCUAUAUUUGAAUUCCUUUUUUUUUUUUUUUAUCUC